AUGGUUGUUGUAGUAGGGUGUUACAUAGCUGGGUGCUGUGGUGCUGGCUUGGGUCCUAUCAGUAAACAUAGGAACCAGCUGGCCCCAAAAAUACUGAAUUUUAGUACCACUGAUGGGGUAGGGGGUAUUUUAAAUCGUCAUAUUCUAAGGCAGCACAACAUUCCAAUAAGUCCUAAGAUUGCAAGGCAGCAUGAUUUUGGUAAAAUUUUAGUGGAAUCAGGCUUUGAGAAAGCUAUUGGCUCUACAUUGAGUGCAUACACAGAAGCAGUGAGGGAGCUGGCAUGUGAGAUAUUGGAGCUAAUAGCAGAGGGGUUGGGGGUCCCGGACACUCGGAUAUUCAGCAAGUUCAUAAGGGAUGUUGAUAGUGACUCAGUUCUCAGGCUCAAUCACUACCCACCUAUAAUUAACAAGGACAACAACAAAGACAUGUCACAACAAUUUACCAAGGUUGGCUUUGGAGAGCAUUCUGACCCUCAGAUCAUAACCAUUCUCAGAUCCAACGAAGUGGGUGGCCUCCAAAUUUCCCUUCAAGAUGGGGUCUAG